ACCAUGUGCCUUACAACGAAAGAUCAAGAGAAAUUACGAGUACUGGAGCGCAAGGUCAUACGCAGGAUAAUGGGACCAGUGAAGGAUAAUAACGAAGUACUUCGACCACUAAGAAAUGAAGAGAUUAUGACUAUUUUGAAUCAAGAAGACAUAGUAAGAUUUAUCAAAUCCCAAAGAUUGAGGUAGCAGGAUGUAUUGAAAGGAGAGAAAAUUACACGAUGAAUACUUGCGGAAGCUAGGUCAGAGGAAGACCAAAAGUGAGAAGGGACGAUCCAGUAAGAAUAGACGUAGAAACAUUAGGGAUCAGAAACUGGAGAGAACUCUGCAAGAAGAGAAAAUAAUGGAAUGUUGUGAAUUCAAUCAAGUCACAUGAAAAGCUGUAGAAGAAAAGCAACGAGAACAUGCGGAUUGGUUCCCUGCAACUAAUGAAUCAGAAGAGCCCA